AUGGCGCAAAAACGGAGUCUGAUAGAGACCACUGAAGGUCUUCCAAAAUUUCCACGAUUGGAAGAAUCCAGUAUGGAUUAUCUUCUUCCUGUUGAAUAUGUUAGAAAUGGCACUUCUCCUUGCAUCUCCCAGAUUGCCGCAGCACUGUUCAGUCUAGAAGAGAGAAAGUUGACACAGUCUAUAGAGCGGCAUUGUCCACUUUCUGCUGUCACCAUGGUAACCAAAGGACAUAAAGGCCUCCGAAAUGGCCUUCAUCAUGAAAUGGUCCAUUUGGGCGUGAAAAAGUCGAUCUCAGAGCGAUCGUUUUGGUGGAGGUACCUCGAAAUUAGUGAUUUUUCGAGGAGCAAUGGUAACGAGCGACUUUUUCCCAAUAAUGCUGCUUAUACAGGAGUUGCUAAGGCAACAACCCCAGUAGCAAAGGUGGAAUUGAUAUGUGAUGCCAUUCGAAGGCAUGUAAUUGAAGGAUAUCCCCUCGGGACCCCGAGACAAAUUAAUCCCUCGUAUUCACACGCCAACAUUCUAGAAGGCACAAAACUGGCACCGGGUACUGUGGUGGAGAUCCACCAGAUACCCUGGACAGCCACGCCCUUCUCCAUCGCAGUUUUCUUCCGUGGACUCAAUAUUCGACCCGGUGGAAUUGCCGUCAAGAUUGCCGAUGGUCGUCGUAGCAAUACUGCCUACGUAGCAUUUGAGAGUGACCUUGAUGCCCAACUAGCCUGUGAAAGAACCACACCAGAGGACUACGAGGUAUUAGCCAGUCUUGAGAACUCGCCAACCACUCAGAGCAGUCGGCCACCCAAUAUCCAGAUAGAUAUGACCUCGGAAGUGCUCUUCCUUCAGUAUGCUGUCUGUAGAAUUCCUGGGGUAGCUCAUUUCCUACAACAGUUGACGGAUGAAAGCCAAAUCGUUGUCCGUAUUCGUGGACUGCCUUAUGCUACAAAGAAGCCGGACAUUGUUAAAUUCUUCAAACAAGUAAACGCGGAAAUUCUAAACGGUGAGAAUGGCAUCUUCUUCGCCACCCACGCGGAUUGCCGACCGACUGGGGAUGCUUUUGUCCUCUUUGUGGACAACGAAGCCUCUGAUCGGGCGUUGACGCGCCAUCGCAACUACCUCGGUCAGCGCUACGUAGAACUGUUCAAAGCCUCACCUUCAGAGGCUGUUCAGGUGUGCCAAAGUGCCCAAGAGAGAGGUACCUCAAUCGGCAAUAAGUCUGUAAGCUUAGGUGGUAAAACCUUGAAGCCACCGAUGUCGACAGUGACAAUCAAGAAAACUGCCCCCGCCCUACCCUUAGCUGCUGCUCCUCGUCCGUCUCUACCUCCUCUUUCUGCUUCUGUUCCAACUCCCAAUUUGUCAGCAGCUCUGACAUUGUCAGAGAUUCCCUCCAGCCUCCUCAAUCCCCUUCUCUUUCCAUCUUCAUUCCUCUCAGUUCCUCUGACAACAGCCUUUCCGAUUACAACGGAAUUUGUUGAUCCGACGGAUCCAAAAUGUCUCUUCCCACGACCCCUACCCCCGGGUGGAGCCAAGUUCGUCCUUCAGAUCAUGGAUCUGCCAUCCACGUUCAGUCGACAGGAAAUGCGGCUGUUUUUGGGAGUGGAUAUCUACGCCAAGGUCUUCAGGAUGUGCAAAAUCGUAAGCUGGGACUGA